CAAAAAUGGGAGGGGGAAGCUUAUAUAACAAAACUUGUCCUUAGCAACGUUAAAUUUGUUAACGGUACCAUGAAAGUCACUAUUGUGUUUGCCAUAUUUCUUGUGGCUUUAGUAGCCUUUACCAGUGGUGCUCCAGGAAAAGGAUCCACCAAAGCAUCCCUCCAAAAAAAGCCAUGUCUUAAAGAGUGUGGCGAUGUCUACAAACCAGUUUGCGGUGGCGAUAAUGCGAGCAAACCAAGAAGUUAUGGAAGCGAAUGCGUAUUGGCCAACUUUAACUGCGAGAGUGGAAUGAUAGUUUUGGCAUUGGUUCAAAUAAUUUUGGCAUCGCCAGCAAGAAAAAUAAGACAAGCAGAUUUUACAACAACGACGACUCCAUCACCCUCGUAUACCAGAUGUUUAAAUAAUUGUUUGACGACGCAAGAAUACAAUCCUGUUUGUGGAACUGAUAGCGUUACUUACCAGAAUGAGGCCAAAAUAAGGUGUGCGCAAAGAUGCGGCAAAAGUACUGAAAUAUCAUUUCGAGGAACGUGCCAGGCCCUUUAGAUGUACAACUGAAUUUUAAUUUUAGUUAUGUGUAAAUACAUUAUCUACAUUUUUAUAGGCAUUAAUAUUUUAUUGAUAAAACAAAUAAGUAAAAAAUAAAAAAUAAAACACAGCACACAAGGGUUAAUUAUUGUAAUAAUAUAUUGUUAAUAUAAAUAAAGGAACCAAAGCAUAUAAGUUAC